AUGACGGAGACAAUGUUGGAAAAAUUAUACGUAUUGUGUUUUCUCAUCACCGCCCUUGUCUACUUGGGCACAGCUGACCUUAGUUCGUGUAGAAACCAUACAGCACGGGCUCGGGACUGCUGCAAGAUCCCGGGUAUAAUCAAGCAACCCAUCGUGGAUGCAUGUGACGACAAAUUUCCACAUACUCCUCCACAGUCGGAGCCGCAACGUGGAGGGAAAAAGUUGGAAGGAUCAUGUGUUGUGCAGUGUAUGUUCGAAUCCAUCGGAGCAUUCAAAAACAACUCGUUGGAUAUGGAGGAUACUCGGAGGCACAUUUUGGAGACAGCCGGGAUGGAUCGAGAUUUCGGUCCAUUGCUGAACGAUACCAUCGAUUUGUGUUACAAGAAUGUCACCGAAACUCCCGCAUUUUCCGUCAAGCCGAUAUCUUUCGAGGAUGGUCGCCCGGGAUGUAGCUUUAUACCACAGGAAAUGAAUGACUGUGUCAAAACGUUGCUAUUCUAUUACUGUCCACCUGCCAAUUGGAACCAAUCGAACGACUGUGAUGAUCUGAAGGAAAAGGUUGAUAUGGGAUGCUCCUAUUCAUCUCUGUAUUAA